AAAUGAUAAAAAAUAAUAUUCGGCCAAGAGCUUCAAGUGAAAGACUUGAUAAAUUAGCUGCUUUAGAAAAUCAAACAAAUCUUGAAUGGAUAAUGAAAAACUCACAGGUGUUAGAAUUAAAAUCGAAUAUUAGAAUGAUUCCUAAAGAUUCAUUAUAAAUUAAUAUUCAUGUUCCAGAACAUGAAGGUGUAGCAACGAUAUGGGCAGAUAAAUGGUUCGGAUAAAAAAAGAUUUCUUAGUUUAGAGGCUUAUUGAUUUAUGACAAUCAAUUUUGUCUUGUUUUAAACGAUUGUUUUAUUGAAAAGAAGAGAUACUAAUCGUCUCACUUUAGAGCAUAUUUUUUAAAGCUUAUUAAUCAAACUGGAUAAUUAGUAUUAAUAUUUUCUCAUCCAUUAUCACUAAAAUAAUGGAAUAGUUGUAUUAAAAAAUUUUGCAAAAGAAAUAAUUUUUAUAAGAAAUUUAAAGUAGUAGAAUUAGUGUGUUAAAAUUUUUAUUAAAUUUAACAUAAAAAGCAAAAAUCGUUAUUUACUUCAUAGGUGAUUAAUUUAGCAAAUAUUCAAAAUUAUGACUAAGCAGAAUUACUUGACAAUUAUUUAAAAAUAUUAAGAAAUUCAUCAAUUAGUAAUUACAUUUAAACAUUGGGUGUUUUUGAAGAAAAAUAAAUGUUAUUUAUAGUUUGCAAAUAUUUUAAGGGUAAUUCACUUGAUUAAUUUUAUAAUUAAACAAAAAAAAAUUUUUUAACUUAAUAAUAAAUAGCAACAAUUUGUGUAUCAAUUUUGAUAGCACUUAAAUCUCUAUCAGAUGAAGAAUUAUUUCAUGGGAAAAUAUCAUUUGAAAAUAUUGUUUGUUACAGCAAUCUAAAAACACAAUUUGGAGCAUAUUUAGUUAAUUCAAAUUAUAAAGUAAUUAAAAUUAUUACUUUAGUUUUACGAUUCAAAAACACUUUCUAAGUAUAUUCAAUCAAUUCCAAAUUAUCUGAUAGCACCUGAAAUAAAUUAAGGAAUAAGUCCUUCAACUCAAACAGAUAUUUAUUAAUUAGGAGUGAUUUUAGGUUUAAUAACAUUUUUUAAUUUUACUUAGCCAUUCAACAUGGAUUACUUUUAAAUUUUAUCAUAAUAAUUAAUGCAAAUAAUUAUAGAAUAAGAAAAAUUGAUAUUAAAAUAAAAAUAAUCUUAGGAUUAUCCAUAAUUAUUUAGUAUAAGCUAAUUAGAUUUAAUAAAAAAAAUGAUUUAACCAAAUCCUAACUUUAGGAUAAGUAUUAAUGAUGCAUUAAAACAUGUUUGGCUGAUAAAUAAUAAAGAAAAGAAGAUAUCAAAGUUAAUGACUAAAUAAAUGGCAUUUCCUAGUUUAAGAACCAUUAUUGAAAUAAGAGAUAGUGAAUGUGAUAUUAAGAAAACUAUAAAUAAUUUUAAUGAUGAAAAUAGCUCCUUUGUUAAAUAAGGGUAAGAUCCAAAUUCUCUUUUUGUUUAAAUAAAGUAAAAUCAAAAAAUCAAUUCAGAAACCUUUGUAGAUUCUAAUGAUGAAGAUGAGAAUUUAUUGAAUGACAAAAUUGAAAAACUGAAUUAGCAAAAUUACUUAGUGCCUUCAUUUAAGGAACAUUUUGGCAUGUAUCGCUCACGAUGCAUUUGA